AUGGCAGUAGUGAACGUCUGGCUAUUUCCCGUACUCAUAUCGUCCUAUUCAAUAUUUUGUCUGUUAACUUGGUAAAAGUUUUUCGCAGUUUUGGAUGUUGAAACUUUUUUUUUUUUCGAGUUUUGAAUAUUUCAAAUUAAACGUUGUUCAUGAAUCUUGAAGUUCAGUGCUUCCCUUUCCGCAUAUUAUCACAGUUUUCCGUCCCGAUGGCCUUACUUGAGGUUGCGAAAAAGAAAAAAUUGGGAUAAAUAUUGAAUUAAGCGAUUUUACAAAAGAAGUGCCUGCGAAGAAUGCCUUCGCCGUCAUGACUAAUCACAUCCUGCUCAUGGGUCAGUUGCAAACACACCUGAACAGGUAAAACGGGUCUCAGCGCUGAUCUGGAUCUACCUGAAACAUCGAGAGCUCAUCUCCUACUUCCUGCAGUCUUCGCUGCAGCACCUUCGCACAUGGAGCACCGCCAACACAGCCAUCGGCUUCGGAGCCAUCUUUUUCAUGCAACUUAGUGUCAACUUCCCGGUUUGAGAAUUUGUUUUAUUUCAAAAGUUUUGAACCGAUGGAGGAGACGAAAGUGCCCCACAUGGAGUAUUACUCGAACCGAGCCAGUUUGGUUCUGUUCAUCGUAUACGUCUGGCUGCACUGCUUGCUCUCGAGCCGCGUCGCCGACAAAAACAUUUCCAACACCAAGUUGUUAGUUGUGCGCCUCACCAUCGCCGCCGCUCUCUCCUCUUGCGCCGUUUCCAGUUUGGUUUUCUUUCAACUUCAAUUUCCACUUUCAAUCAUAGCUUGCUCACGAAAUCUUAGUAUGUUUUUGAAAAUGGGAAUGUUCGAAAAUAAAAUGCGGAGAGGCUGACAUUUUCUGCCAAACCUCACUAAAAGCCACUGAAUCUAGAAAUAAAGUUUCUCAAAUUCGUUCUGCUCUUUCAAAUGUUUUUCGAGUUUUGUUUUAUAUUCACCUCAAUCUUAUAAAUUUAGUGCUCCAAUUGGUCAAAACUCACCCUUCCGCCGUAAGUUCGCCGAUGUCUUUGAAAGAGUCGAUUGGAAUCUAGCAAUAUGGGGCGAUAUACGAGUGGGCUUGCUACUUAUCCUUCUGCUUUUUCUUGUUGACAGAUGCCUACGAGUUUCGCAAUUUGGUUUGCUUAAAGAAUGACAAAUGGUAGAUUUUUGGAUUACAGGUUUUCCGUGCUCCGAAGCUUGUAAUUCGAGGAUCCUCAACCUACGAUGAAGCAGUUUUCAGUGGAGAGACUCAGGAAGAAGAGACGGAGGACUACCGCCAAUCUUGGCUCACAACUCAGCUUGUCAGAUGA